AUGAUAUGGGGCUGCACCAGAAUGGAGUGCUACUUCACCAACUGGUCCCAGUACCGGCCUGGUGAAGGCAAGUACAUGCCACAAGAUGUCGACCCCUUCCUGUGCACCACCCUGCUCUAUGCCUAUUCCAUCAUCAACUCCAAAAAUGAGUUGAUCACCUAUGAGUGGAAUGACGAGAUCCUCUACAAGACUUUCAAUGGUUUGAAGAACACAAACACUCAUCUGAAGACAUUGUUGGCUGUUGGUGGCUGGAACUUUGGUUCACAUCAGUUUUCCAUCAUGGUGUCCACUGCUGCCAACCGUCAGACAUUCAUUCAGUCCCCGAUCAGAUUCCUGAGAACCCACGGAUUUGAUGGCUUGGAUCUGGACUGGGAGUAUCCUGGAGCUCGUGGAAGUCCUCCAGAGGACAAGCAGAGAUUCACUCUGCUCUGCAGGGAACUUGUCCAAGCUUAUGCUGCUGAGGCCAAGGCCACUGGAAAGCCUCAGCUCAUGCUGACUGCUGCUGUGUCUGCUGGUAAAGGAACCAUUGAUGGAGGAUAUGAGAUUGCUGAGAUUGCCAAGGAACUGAACAUCAGCGUGAUGACCUAUGACUUCCAUGGCACUUGGGAGCAAUUCACUGGACAUAACAGCCCACUGUACCGUGGCUCACAGGACUUUGGUGACUUCAUCUACUUUAACAUUGAUUUUGCCAUGAAUUACUGGCAGGACAAUGGCGCUCCAGGGGAUAAGCUGAGGAUGGGAUUCGUCGCUUAUGGUCGUACCUUCCGUCUGACAUCAUCAAAUACUGAUGUUGGUGCCCCAGCUAGUGGUCCUGCACCAGCUGGCGACUUCACCAGUGAACCUGGAUUAUGGUCCUACUAUGAGAUCUGUGGCUUCUUAAAGGGCGCAACUGUCCAGUGGAUUGAAGACCAGAAAGUUCCCUAUGCCACCAAGAACCAAGUGUGGGUAGGAUUUGACAACAAGGAGAGCUAUGAAAUCAAGGCAAAAUAUCUCAAAGAACAAAAGUUUGGUGGUGCCAAUGUGUGGGCUCUGGACCUUGAUGAUUUUGCUGGACGAUUCUGCGGCCAAGGUGUCUACCCUCUGCUGUCACAUCUCAACAAACUCAUGGGUGUUGUGUGGCCUGACCAGCCUCCCGUAACCACCCCCAAAUCUCAGUAG